AUGUUUUCUGCAGCGAGAUCAGAUACCCUUUUCUUGGGCGGCGAAAAGGUUUCGGGAGACGAUAUCCGCAACCAGAAUGUGUUGGCUGUACAAUCUGUGGCAAAUGUUGUGAAAUCGCUGUUGGGCCCUGUAGGUCUUGAUAAAAUGUUGGUUGACGAUAUUGGAGAUGUGACGGUUACUAAUGAUGGAGCGACUAUUUUGACGUUGUUGGACGUCCAGCACCCCGCCGGUAAAAUCUUGGUGGAAUUGGCUCAGCAGCAGGACCGUGAGGUGGGAGAUGGUACUACUUCUGUGGUGAUCAUUGCUAGUGAAUUGUUGAAAAGAGCCAACGAAUUAGUAAGAAACAAUAUUCAUCCAACCACAAUCAUUACGGGGUACCGGUUGGCGCUUCGGGAAGCGGUUCGGUACAUAAAUGAGGUGCUUUCGUUGCCGGUGGAUAGUUUGGGAAAGGAGACCAUGGUGAACAUUGCCAAGACGUCGAUGAGUUCCAAGAUUAUUGGAUCUGAUUCUGACUUUUUUGCGAAUAUGGCGGUCAAUGCCAUGCUUGCGGUCAAGACCACCAACUCUCGCGGUGAAACAAAGUACCCGGUAAAGGCGGUGAACAUUUUAAAAGCCCAUGGAAAGUCAUCGGUCGAGUCGAUGCUUGUGGAUGGUUACGCCUUGAAUUGUACAGUGGCUUCGCAAGCCAUGGUCAAGACUGUGCAGAACGCCAAGAUCGCGUGCUUGGAUAUUAAUCUUCACAAGGCCAAGAUGGCCAUGGGGGUGCAAAUAAAUAUUGAAGAUCCUGAUAAAUUGGAGGAAAUCCGCCAGCGGGAAUAUGGAAUUAUCAUUGACAAAAUUAAGAAAAUUUUGGCUGCUGGUGCCAAUGUGGUGUUGACAACCAAGGGAAUCGACGAUCUUUGUCUCAAGGAGUUUGUCGAAUGUGGAGCCAUGGCGGUUCGCCGUUGUAAGAAGGAAGAUCUCAGAAGAAUUGCCAGAGCCACCGGCGCAACAUUGGUGUCCAGUUUAGCCAAUCUCGACGGUGAUGAGACGUUCGAAUCGUCGUACCUUGGUUCUGCCGAUGAGGUGUCUCAGGUUCGUAUUUCUGACGACGAGUGUAUUCUCGUGAAAGGAACCCGUCAGCAUUCUUCCGCAUCGAUUAUUCUCCGUGGUCCCAACGACUACUCGUUGGACGAGAUGGAAAGAAGUCUUCACGACUCGUUGUCGGUGGUCAAACGGACUCUUGAGAGCGGCAAUGUCGUACCUGGAGGAGGAGCCGUCGAGGCUGCGCUUAACAUAUACUUGGAAAAUUUUGCAACUACGGUUGGUUCGCGGGAACAAUUAUCGAUAGCCGAGUUUGCCCUGGCAUUGCUUGUGAUACCCAAGACGUUGGCAGUGAAUGCUGCUAAAGACUCGUCAGAUUUGGUUUCGAAAUUACGUACAUACCAUGCAGCAUCGCAAUCAGCAUUGCCUACAGACACCAAGAAGAAAAACUACAAGAAUUACGGAUUGAAUUUGAUCGAGGGAAAGAUCAUUAACGAAGUUUCUCAUGGAGUACUCGAACCCACCGUUUCCAAAAUCAAAUCGUUAAAGUCGGCGUUGGAGGCAUGCAUAGCAAUUUUGCGGAUAGAUACCAUGAUCACAGUGACCCCGGAUGCUCCUAAAGAGGAUCCUCACGGCCAUUGA